ACACCCAGUACCUUACCUGGGAAGGUGACAGGUGACGAUGGUGCAUGUGUAACGCUCGGACUCUGAAUGCAGCACCAGUAUAGGAGACAAACGGACUAAAAGCGAAAAAAUGAAGCAACCUGCUGCAACAGCUGGCACCCCUCCAAAGAUUAGCAGACGUUUUUUCUGGUGGAUGGGCAAAUCCUUUCUUAUCCUUAUUAUCAUGACGCUCUCCUAUAUGUACCAUGCCAAGCUGGAUGUUAAUACAUUCAUGACUGUAUUAAGAGAAAGGACACUGAACAACACAUCAGAAGAAAAAGUGCUAGAAAAGAAAUUGCAACCAAUAGUAAACAAACCCAAACCACUGACUGGUAUGUGGACUGUCAAUGCCAUUGGACGUUUGGGCAACUUAAUGGGUGAGUAUGCAACGUUAUAUGCCCUUGCCAAGUUGAAUGGCCAUCAAGCUUAUAUCUUGCCACAGAUGCAGAGCCAGCUGUCAAAGAUCUUUAAAAUUACAUUACCUGUGCUUCACCCAGAUGUCAUUAACCGCAUCAAAUGGAGACAUUAUGGACUUCAUGACUGGAUGUCUGAGGAGUACAGACAUAUUGAAGGCGAAUACAUCAGUCUUAGUGGUUACCCUUGUUCAUUUACUUUCUACCAACAUAUAAAGGAUGAGAUUCUUCGAGAGUUUACUUUCCAUGAUUAUGUCAAAGAAGAGUCUAACACUUAUCUUGAGAAGGUUCGAGGAGAUAGGAAGAACGUCACCUUUGUCGGAAUUCACGUUCGGAGAGGUGACUAUGUUCAUGUGAUGCCAAACACAUGGAAAGGGGUGAUUGCUGACAAAGGUUAUUUGCAAAAGGCCAUGGACUACUUUAGAGAGAAGUAUGAGAACCCUCUUUUUGUGGUGACCAGUAAUGGAAUGGAUUGGUGUAAAGAGAAUAUAAACAAUUCACUGGAUGAUGUCCACUUUGCUGGGGAUGGCCAGGAGGGCUCACCUGGGCGAGAUUUUGCCUUGCUUUCACAUUGUAACCACACCAUCAUGACCAUAGGGACAUUUGGUAUUUGGGUUGGUUACUUGGUGGGAGGAGAAACCAUCUACCUAACAAACUACACUUUACCUGACUCUCCCUUCCUUAAACUUUUUAAGUAUGAAGCUGCUUUUCUUCCAGAAUGGAUUGGGAUUCCUGCGGAUCUCUCACCACUUCUUAAUAAAAAGAACCCUUAAUGAGUGUUUACGUGGUUCUCCGGGUAAGGCCACAAGGACAAUUAUAGGAAGAAACUCUCACUGUGUCUUCAAAGUCAUUUUUGUAUCAAUUCACUAUACCAUAUGGGUGAGCUGUUACAAUUUUUAUUCCAUGUCUAAUCAUUUAAAGAUCAUCUUGUUUUUAUUAUUUCAACUAUUUGGU